AUGGGGAUCAUCGGAAACCUCAAUUCAGACCAGCUGCAGUUCUUCGACUCCGAAGGUUACUUGGUGUUCGAGUCUUUUGCCAGCCCAGAUGAGGUUAACUCUCUCAGGUCGAAAAUGGAGCAUUUACUCGACCAAUUUGAUUGUUCCAGCAGAGCCUCCAUUUUCUCUACCAGAAACCAACGACAAACGACGGAUGAUUACUUCUUCGAAAGCGCUGAGAACAUUUCCUUCUUCUUUGAAGAGAAAGCAUUUGAUGAUGACGGCAACUUGAAGCAACCAAAGCAACUCUCCAUAAACAAAGUUGGUCAUGCAUUACAUGAAAAAGACCCAGUGUUUAAAAGCUUCUCUAGCUCAGAAAAAAUGUCGAGUUUACUUAUGUCUAUCGGUUACAGAAGGCCCGUAAUUAUACAGUCCAUGUAUAUUUUCAAGCAACCUGGAAUUGGUGGAGAGGUGGUCCCACAUCAGGACAAUUCAUUUCUGUUCACCGAUCCACAAACGUGCACGGGACUAUGGCUUGCACUAGAAGAUGCAACAAUCACUAAUGGUUGCCUUUGGGCUAUUCCUGGAUCUCACAAAGAUGGCCUCGUGAGGAGAUUCAUUAGAGACGAGAGUGGGGUCCACUUUGAUAAGCCAUCCCCAUCUUACGACCAGAAAGACUUUGUCCCGAUUGAAGUGAAAGCCGGCACCUUAGUUGUCAUUCACGGGGACUUGAUUCAUCAGAGUUUUGAGAACAAGUCCUCAACAUCCCGGCAUGCCUACAGCCUUCAUGUGGUGGAUACUGAUGGCUGUAAAUGGGCUGAGGAUAAUUGGAUCAAAAGAAAAGUGGAUCCCGAGCCUUUGUACGCUUCGUGA